AUGUUAAGCUUCGUUUUAAUUUCCAUAUUUUAACAAAUAGGUAGAUGCUAGAUGGUAUUUUCUUAUUAAACUUUUACACAAAACUCGUUUUCUACUUCAAAUGGUUUAGAUUUAUUUAAAUAAUAUAGGAUGGAGUGUUAUUGGAGGAAAUGCAGGAUUUGAGGUUAGAGAUGGUUUGACAAUAUUUGGAGGAAGUAAUGUUUUUGGAGGAGGAGUAUCAAUUUAUAAAGAAAUAUUGAUAUCACCUCGUCAUCAUACAAUAAAAUUAAAGAUGAAGAUUUGGGCGUAUAUAUAUUGAAUAAAAAAAUGAUAGUAUAAAUACAUGGGAUAAUGAAUCUAUUUUAACGAAAGUAGAUGGAGAAAUUGUUGAUGAAUAAACUGUGAGUUCAAAUAAAGGAAAUUCUUUUGGGUAAUUUAUAUAAUAAGAAAUAAUAAUUCCUCAUUAUUCAUAAUCAAUAAUAUUAGAAAUUACAACUACAUUAUAAGCUCCAUCAUCAGAAGUAUUUAAAUAAAUUAGAAUAGAAAUCAUGGGGAGUAAGAGAUAUCUAUAUUUAUACAUACAAUUGUCCAGUGGGAUGCUAUUUCUGUACUUAUUUAGAUACUACUGUUGAUUAAUGCUUACCUUAUAUAUAGAAAAUAAAUCAUUUUUUAGGAGCGUUUUUAAAUACUAAUGAAGGUUGGAUGGUUACAAAUGAAUAAAUAAGUUAAUUUAAGUGUGAUUGUAAUGAAUUUAUAAUAUUUGAGAGAAAUAUCAACAUUUGGAAAAUAUAAGACAGGAACAACAAUAACAAAAGAAUACUUUUUUGAACCUCAUUAUGAAAUGAGAAUAACAUUUUAAUUUUGGAAGUUUGAUGCAUUAACAACAUCUUAGUAUUCAUUAAAAGUUGAUGAAAUAGUUGUUUGGUCUGAUUAUAAAACAAAAGCUGGUAAGAUUGAACUAUGUGGUAGUAGUACAAAACCAGAAUAAUUUUAUAAUGUUGAUUUAAGAAUCUAUCAUGUAAAUUAAUACACAACAAUUAAAUUUGUAAGUGAUGCAAUAACACCAACAGAUUAUUUUGGAAUAAGAGAAUUAGCUAUUUUUUUAUUAAGAUGUGAUGCAUCUUGUGAAUUAUGUGAAGCAAGUCCGACAACUUGUAUCACAGGAACUAAAUUAACAGAGAAUUUGUUAGAAAGUGAUUUAACUGAAAUAAAUUUCGCUACUUAAUCAUAAUGGGGUAGUUAUACUCCAUCUGAUGCAACUGGUUAGAUAAAAAUGCCAUAUUUAACUGAAACAUACUUUUCUAGUAUGAAUUAUCUUUCUUUUUAUAAUCUACUGUAUAAAGAUUUUGAAUUAGAAGAUCAUGAAAAAAUAAAAAUCUAAUUUUAAGCUUAUGCUGCUGGUGAGGCAUUAAAUAUAAAUCUAAAAAUUGAUGAAGAUUAUGAUGAAAUUGUAUCUAUUGGUGAAACUCUUCCGGUUUCUACUUGUACACCUUCUCUUACAUAUAAUAUUGAAGAUUAUUCAUUUUGGGAAUAUACAUUUGAUCAUACUGGCAAUUUUGUUAGAAUUUAAUUUGAAUCUCAACCUUACAUCUCUGGAAAUUAUAAAUAUGGAUUCAAUCAUUUUAAUAUAUAUUCUAUCAAAGAAGAUUGUACUAAUAAUCCUUGUGUCUAAGUGGAAUCAUUAAUUAAUUCGAAUUUCUUUACUACUACCUUUACUGAUCCUUAAAAUUGGUAAUUAUUAUCCUAUUCACCUAUGGCAAUCUCUAUAUGUGGUGCAAUUAGUGUUGUUGGAGGGUACAAUAUAGCUCAUAAGAAUAUUUUCUUAUAAAAAAGAAGUUCUAUUUCACAACCACAUAAAAUAUUAAGACUCUUACUUGUUAUUUAUUAUUUAGAUUCUUGGACUUCUAAUAAAUCUCUAAGAAUUUUAGCUGAUAAAGUUAUUAUUUGGGAUUAAACUGUUGAUUAUAACAAAAAUCAACAAAAUUUUUGUUCUUCUAACGCUUCUUAUAAAGACUAAAUGGUUACAGUAGAUGUAUCAUUCCCACAUAAUAAAGCUAGUCUUACAUUCUAAUUUAUGAUUAUGAAUGGAGAUGGAACUGGUAUAUAUAUUAAUUUAACAAUCUAGAAUUCUAUGCUAUUAAAAAUUAUCAAUUAUUUUACAGUAAUUGA